AUGUCAGCUUGGACACAUUUGGUGCGCUUUAUAGCCGUGAAUGAUGAUAAAGUCCAUUUGGGUCAACUAGUCGACCCAACGUGUGAUGUCGGCCUAGACUCUACCAAUGGAGUCCCCAUCUAUGUAUAUGAAAUAGAGGGAACAAUGUUUAAUGGCAAAGUAACAAAAAACAUAUUGGAAGUCCGCAAGGUCUGUCAGACAUGCUAUCUAUCCCAGAAGGCUUUGCAUAGACUGAGAUUUCGUCACAGCUACUCUCACCAAUUAUUCCAGAAGAGUGUCCCUACAUUCGUUGUGUUGGUCUUAACUACAAGCUUCAUGCACAGACAGGAGGCCAGCAUGAAAAUUCCCACCGUCCCGGCAAUUUUCUCCAAGCCCCGUACCGCGAUCACCAAUCCGUACCCGACCGCAAUCAACAUCCCGAAGAUUGCUCAAGAUGGCUCAAGCGACUACGAGGCCGAGCUGGUCAUUGUGAUCGGAAAGCCUGCCCGGGACAUUACAGCCGAAGAAGCUCCUUCGUAUAUUCUUGGGUACACAGCCGGGAACGAUGUCUCAGCGCGGGAUGAGCAGAUGAAAACUCCAAUGCCUUGCUUCUCUAAGGGUAUGGACUCUAGCUGUCCAUUGGGCCCCGCCUUGGUCUCCACAACCGCAGUUCCUAGCCCCGAAAACUUGACAAUCAGGGCAAUCUACAAUGGGACAAUGGUUCAGGACGGCCAUACCAGUGACAUGAUUUUCGGAGUGGACCGCCUCGUGGCCUAUUUGUCGCAAGGAACUACGCUUGAGCCUGGAACGAUUAUCCUGACAGGGACACCACCGGGAAUUGGAUACUUCCGGUCCCCCAGAAUCUUCCUUGGAGAUGGAGAUGACAUCCGGGUUCAUAUCGAGAAAAUCGGGACCCUGAUUAACAAGGUUCACUACGAGUAG